UGGUGGUCGUCGCCGUCGGUCGCCGUGGAUGCCGCUAUCGAGUCAGUUUCGGCGGCGUCCUUGAUAAGGAACCAGCGCUCUCACAGGCGAAAGCCAAACGGUAUCGAGCAAAGAUCCGGAGGUUCGAUCCGCGAGGAAACCACAGGCAAACAAAAUACGACGCUCGAUUUCUUCGUUGAGGAAACGCAGUAACGUUCGGAACUCGUUCAAACGGAAUGUGGGGAAGAGCAAAUAUGGUGGCUGUGACUCUUCUCUUAGGAUGGUUUUGCAUUUUCGGGCAAGCGAGCAACGCCGAGGUGACAUCCGCCGAUAUCGAAGCGGAGACCAUCCUUGAACGAGCGGCCACGUGGCUAUGGGGUCAACGGGACAAGGACGCCGGUUGGGGUAACGACACGCAUCAAGUGCUGCUGGUCCUUCGUCUAGCCAAUCUCUCACGAGACGACAAUGUCGCGCCGCCGGCGCCACUCGAGUUGCAGCUCACCGCCAAGCAAAUGGAACUGGAAAUCGUGCUUUUGCUUUGGAGACAUCGAGAAAUCGGAUUUUCCCCGGUUCGAUUGGCACGCUACACUCUGGCCUUGAACGCGAUGUGCAUGGACCCGAGACAAUUCCACGGUCACGAUCUGAUCGGCACGCUGCAGCAUCACGAACCACCGACGGAUUACGAAUUCGCGCUCACCACUUUGGCGGCGUGCAGCGCACAGGCUCACGUGCGCAAACGGCAGAUACGUCGUCUCUUGGAUAUCGCGAAUGCCGCGUUGGAUCACAAUGUCGACACGGUGGCGAUGGUGAUUCUGGCGAUGCAGUGCAUCGUCCAGGACCAUCGACAUCGCAAUCUCCAUCACUUCAUGCGCAAACCGUCGAUGGGACUGGCGCAGCAGCAGAGGCUCGACGGCAGUUUCGGCGAUCUGCACACCACCGCUCUGGUGAUGCAGGCGUUGGAGGAGGUGGAGAACGAGCCGGCCGACAAUUGGAACCGAUCCGCGGCUUUGACCUGGCUGCUCGGCCAGCAGCGACCGGACGGCUCGUUCCACGGUGACGUGCGAGCCACCGCCGAGGCGAUGUUGGGCGUCGCGCCGCGCGGAUUGGCCAGCAUUCGAGCGCUUGACUGCGGGCAAGGUCUAGCGGACACCUCGCCACCCCGUCUGACCACGAGCAACAUUGCAGACGUCGGAACUUCCGACACUCACAACGAGACCGCUGUGUCGUCGGAAGCGUCGGGAGGUAACACCAGCAACGUGGACAUCACGGUCGCGAGCACCGCGACCCCGGUGCUGGUGAACGUGUCGUACACCCUGUGGGUCGGCAGCAACGUGAACGAGACGUACAAUCUGACGGUGACCGCGCCCAAGAACGAGACCUUCUACGGCGUGAUGCUGCUCGCGGCGGAGAUGUCGCCCCACUUCCAGUUCACCGCGUCCGAAUGGCCUAACGGUCACUACGUUCACACGCUGGCCGGCUAUAAAGAGGAACCGAUGUCCUAUCACUACUGGUUGCUUUAUAGAUUACCCUCCCCGCCGGAACCCUCCUCGCCGCCUGGAAAUCAGUUGGUCGCGCCCGGAGGCGUCGACAAUUUGCAGAUCAGCGAAGGGGAACACUAUCUCUUCUGGUACAAGAAGCUGUGAACUGUCUUGCGAGCGCGGCGAAGAGAAGCAAAAUAAGAAAAAAGUAAACGAGAAGGCAACAACAAGAGGGAGGGAGUGAGAGAUGGGAAGAGGGAGAUAUUUCGCAAGAAGCAAACAAGAGAGAGAGAGAGAGAGAGAGAGAAAGAGUGUGUGUGUGAGACUGUGCAAAUGAGGGAGUGGAAGGAAGAGUGCGAUCUCGAAGCUCUAGAGCGAGAUCCAGUAUUCACUGCCAUCGCUAAUUGUCGACACAUAAGAAAUACGCGCAACGCUAGGAAAAAUGAAGAUUAGGUGAAGAGAAUAUAUACACAUAGGUGCCAUAUGUACAAUAUAAAUACAUAAAAAAAUAAAAAUAUACUCACACAAAUACCCACACACAUACACAGUUGGCAGUGGAUUUUUGAAACUCCGUUCUAGUGGCUGACUUGGAGGAUCCGAUCGAAAGACGAGACACCAUCGCGGUCUCGUUAUCGACAAGCUCGGGGUCGAUAUCAACAAUACACACAUAUACACAUAGACGUCACUCGUUAACACGUUGAAUAUCGCGACACACAAUGACGACAUACAUAAAAUUUACGACAAAAAAUCUAGAACUUCUAGGAUAGUAGCGUUCGUUUUAGAAUUUUCUGCGUUAUUUGGACACAAUAAGGUGACGGGGGCGACAAAUUCCCGGCAUCAGAGUUCGCGUGUAAAAUGCAAAGCAGCGCUGUAUUUUAGAAGAGGAUCGCGUAGAUGUUCUCUAGAGCCGAAUUACACAUUCGAGGAGCGAGGAAAUUUUGCGCGCGGCGUUCAACGUGUUGACUCGAUAAGCUGCGAAAAGCUACAUAACGUUUUCUAUGAGAUUGCAAUGCACAAGAAGCAUAAUUGUACUUAUCGUAAUUAAUUCGUAACCCAAUAAACCAAAAAACGAAUAGCCGUAAUUAUUAGCGAAAAGUAUUCCCGUUCCCGAUGUUCCCGCGAGCCGGCUGUAACGUGUUAAUUUAGACAAAUAUCCUCUGAUAAUUAAGGGGAAAAAUAAACGACGAAUAAUAACUAAGUAUAAGUAAGUAAAUAAGCAUAAAUAAAUAAAUAAAUAAAUAAAUAAAUAAAUAAAUAAAUUUGGCCUGCUGCUGCUGCUGCUGCUACUGUGCAACGUACUGUGUUCGACGAAGAAGAAGCCGCAGGAUAAAAAACGCAAUCAUCGACGUCGUAAUAAUACUUUCGUUUGCGCGCGCACGUUGUAUCUUGUUUAAUCGAACAGUUCGAGUGCGAUGUACACAAUUUUGUUUUUUCUUCUUGAACACCUAAUAAAGGAAUCACACACACAAUGA